AUGUCAUACACUCAAAGUUGGCUAGAGCUAGAGAAAGGCCUGGGAGGCCGAAUGACGCUCCGCGGCACUCCCGAGGAGAUUAAGGCUAUGUCGAAUGGUUUAGCUGAAAUGCUAGGGAAACAAGCUCCGCCACCAAGUGAGGCAGUAAGCGCCGAGGAUGGCGAGGUCGACGGCAUCAAGUACCGCGUCUAUCGACCGAAAGGCGUCACUCAGCCCCUUCCCGUUGGAAUCUGGACUCACGGAGGCGGCUGGAUGACCGGCGACCUCAAUAGUGACGACGCUCUUUGUCGCAUUGUGAGCGAGCACGCAUCUUCGGUCAUUGUGAACGUCGAUUACCGACUCACGCCGGAGUUCAAGUUGCCCACACAGCUGCAGGACACACUCACGGUCUAUAAGUGGGCGCGACAGAAUGCAGUUUCCAUCGGAGGCGACCCUGCCAAAUUUUUCUCAAUAGGAGGCUCGGCUGGUGGUGCUUUAGCUCUCGCACUAGCAAAUCACAUCGUCAAGGACCCUGCGAAUCGGAACGGCAUCAGAGGGAUUGCCGCUGUUGUUCCGGUGGCUCUACACUGGUCGCACGUUCCAGAAGAAUACAAGUCGAUGUACAAGGCGUAUGACGACAACAAAGAAGGAACUCCCAUUAUCGACCAGGAAUCAAUGAGGCUGUUCUUCGAAUCGUCCGGGGCCAGACACGACGAUCCUAGCAUCUUCGUUGCACUUGACAAGGAGAACCACAAGAACUUUCCGCCAACGUAUCUUGCUGCUUGCGAACGAGAUCCACUGCGAGACGAUGCGUUUGUUAUGGAAGCGGCGUUGAAAAAAGCCGGUGUGCCGACGAAGCUUGAUUUCUACAAAGCUCUGCCGCAUUAUUUCUGGAUCUUUCCCGGUCUACCUGAGGGGCAGCAAUUCGUUGCCAACCUUGUGACUGGGGUCAAAUGGUUGAUCUCCCAAAUGUAG